AUGCAGACCCAGAGCAACACCCUGGAAAAGGUGCAUCUUAUGCCCAGGACAUUAGCCCUGGAAGGGGCAACUCAGAGCCCUGAGGGGGCCUUUGCACCUGAGUAUGAUGUCUGUCUGCAGGUACAGCUGCCUACAAGCACCUCUGUCUCCUACGAGCCUUCUCCCGGAGGCUUCCUAGGACAGGGGCUCCAUAAGAGGCACGGGAAGCCCCGGAGCAAGGGCCGAAGCUGCAAGCGGAGCUCGGGCGGCCGUCCCGGCGAGCGCGGCACCCCGCGGCCGGUCACCGUGGACAGCUCCAAGGCCAGGACCUCCCUGGACGCCUUGAAGAUCAGCAUCCGCCAGCUCAAGUGGAAGGAGUUCCCAUUUGGCCGGCGCUUGCCUUGUGACAUCUACUGGCAUGGAGUUUCAUUUCACGACAAUGACAUAUUCUCCGGUCAAGUGAACAAGUUUCCAGGCAUGACGGAGAUGGUGCGUAAAAUUACCCUGAGCAGAGCAGUGAGAAUCAUGCAGAAUCUCUUUCCUGAGGAGUACAACUUCUACCCUCGCUCAUGGAUUCUGCCUGACGAGUUCCAGCUCUUUCUUGCUCAGGUUCGAAUGGUGAAGGAUGGUGACCCCUCCUGGAAGCCCACUUUUAUUGUGAAACCUGAUGGCGGUUGUCAGGGAGACGGAAUCUACCUCAUUAAAGACCCCAGUGACAUCCGCCUGUCAGGGACCCUCCAGAACAGGCCAGCGGUGGUCCAGGAGUACAUCUGCAAACCUCUCCUUAUCGACAAACUCAAGUUUGAUAUUCGUCUGUAUGUCUUACUAAAGUCCCUAGACCCCUUAGAGAUUUAUAUAGCCAAAGAUGGACUCUCUAGAUUUUGUACAGAGCCAUAUCAAGAGCCCAGCCCCAAAAAUCUGCACCACAUCUUUAUGCACUUAACCAACUACUCACUGAACAUCCACAGCGGCAACUUCGUUCAUUCGGACAGUGCUAGCACGGGCAGCAAAAGGACCUUCUCUAGCAUCCUUGGUAGGUUGUCUUCCAAAGGCAUUGACAUCAAGAAGGUCUGGUCUGACAUCAUCUCCUUGGUGAUUAAGACAGUCAUCGCCCUGACUCCAGAGCUCAAAGUCUUCUACCAGUCGGACAUCCCCACAGGGAGGCCAGGCCCCACAUGCUUCCAGAUUUUAGGCUUUGACAUUCUUCUAAUGAAAAAUCUGAAGCCUAUACUACUUGAAGUAAAUGCAAAUCCCAGUAUGAGAAUCGAACAUGAGCACGAACUUUCUCCAGGGGUGUUUGAAAAUGUCCCCAGCCUCGUUGAUGAAGAAGUGAAAGUGGCAGUGAUCAGAGACACUCUGCGCCUCAUGGACCCACUUAAGAAGAAAAGAGAGAACCCGUCUCAGCAGCUUGAGAAACCGGUAGCCGGAAAGGAAGAUUCUUUGGACAGCGAGCUGACCAGUGCUCCGGACGGCAGCACCAACCCCGAAGCCCAUCUGCCCUCCAUUUGCCUCAAGCAGGUGUUCCCCAAGUACGCAAAGCAGUUCAACUACCUGCGCCUGGUGGACAGGAUGGCAAAUUUGUUUAUCCGGUUCCUGGGAAUCAAGGGGACAAUGAAGCUGGGACCAACAGGCUUUCGUACCUUCAUCAGGAACUGCAAACUUAGCAGCAGCAGCCUAUCCAUGGCCGCCGUGGACAUUCUCUACAUUGACAUCACACGGAGGUGGAACUCCAUGACCUUGGACCAGCGGGACUCAGGGAUGUGCCUGCAGGCAUUCGUAGAGGCUUUCUUCUUCCUGGCUCAGAGGAAGUACAAGAUGCUGCCACUCCGUGAGCAGGUGGCUUCGCUGAUUGACCUGUGCGAAUACCACCUGUCCCUGCUGGAUGAAAAGCGCCUGGUGUGUGGCCGGAGCGGCCUGACAGGGGGCCGGCCCCCUCACAAUGGCACUCCCCAGGAGCCCUCCUCCUUGGCCCAGCCGGCGGGGGGCAACCCCCAACCCCGCACAGGCUGUGCCAACAAGCUUUCCCAUCCCAGACACGCUCUAUCCUGA